GUGGUGGUGACGGCUGGGGGUGUGUUGUAGCGAGGUAAGGAACACAGCUCCAGUGGUGGGGUUUGAAUGAAAGCGGAAGGCAGGAAGACAUCAACAUGAAGCCCUGAAGGACCGACACUAGGCUGGGAUGAAGGGAGCUCACACACGGCACAGCUGCUGAAGGUACAAGCAGCAGGAGAAGGAGAGGAGAUGGAGGGGGAUCAGACGGAGUCGAGUGUCGCGUCCGAUACAAGCCCAGAUACGCCCGCUGACAUGGAGCACGCCAGCAGGACUACCGGGGCGGAGCGCGGACCCCGACAGACCCACCAGGUCAUACAGGGUACUCCUCUAGACGUGUAUGACACGGGAAAGUCCCUGAAGGUCCAGGCAGAGCGCCCCCACUUGGUCAGUUUGGGAAGUGGACGCCUGAGUGUGGCCAUCACCCUGCUGCCCCUGCUCGAAGGGAGGACCACGCUGGGCAGCGAGGAGGCAGACAUCCCCCUGCAGGGCGCGGGCGUGGCCCCCCAGCACUGCUACAUCCAGCACCAGGCGGGCUGCCUCACCCUGUACCCCUGUGGGAACCAGUGCUCUGUGGACGGCCUGGCCGUCACCAGGCCCACGCGCCUCACCCAAGGGUGCAUGCUGUGUUUCGGCCAGUCUGCCUUUUUCCGCUUCAACCACCCAGAGGAAGCCCUCAGGAUGAAGAGUAUGAACGCCAGCAGAACUCAUCAAGCAGACUUCAGCAACGUUCCCAACGGCGGGGGUAUUCCAGGUCCGGCGGACCACCAGGAUAACCCAGACCACCGCUCCAUGAUCCCCCCGGACCCCCCGCUCCAGGACCCUCUGGGGUUCAGUGACUACGACUGCCCCUCCCCCUCCUCCUCAUCAUCCUCCGGUCCCGGACAGACCCCGAGCAGCAGACUGACGGCCCCCACGCGACCCCCCUGCUCCCCGGGGGCCAAACCGGUCCCGGUGCCACGCCCGCGGGCCUCCCCUCCCGUGGCCCCCAGCCACGGCUCCGGGGGGGGGCCCCGGGUUGCCGAGAGCCCCCGGUCCCUCCGAGGCAGCCGAGCGGACGUCUCCGUGGGCCCCAGCCCCAGUCCGUCCCCCGCGGCCCCGCAGAGACCCACCCCACGGGGCUCCCCGGCCCCGCCGGCCCGCCCCAGAGUCUCGGGCCCCUCCCUGCACAACCGGCCGCCCAGUCCCGUGCGGGAUCAGGGCCAGCUCCGCCCCCGCAGAGACGACGUCGCCCCCCAGAAGCAAAGGACUCCAGAGGGGGCAGGAGGCAGCGGCCAGAGAGAGCUGCCGCCCCACAGCUCCUUCAUGUCCCGGAGCACAACAGCUGGCUUCCUCCAGGGCUCGUCCUCCUCCUCCUCCUCCCUCCCUUCACACCCCUCUGCCGCCAGCAGAGCUGCCUCCGAGAGCCCCCGCGGCCACCGCAAGGCGCCACCCCAGAGCCAGGCCCCCCACGGCGGGAUGGUCCGCGAGCAGCCCCGCGGCCACCUGAGGACCAACUCCGGCUCCUGUCCCGGGAUCCAGGGCUCCUCGGUGUCUCUCUCGGGGUCCUCGCCCCUCACCAGCCCCGGGAGGCAGAGGAAAGGAUCUCAUGGGGCCGCUGCGGCGGGGCCCGGCGCCGGCAGCAGGGACCCCUCCUCCGGCGCCGUGAGGCCCCGCACCAGAGAGCGGAAGAACAGCAUCUCGGAGAUCAGCGACAACGAGGACGAGCUGCUGGAGUACCACCGCUGGCAGCGGGAGGAGCGCCUUCGCGAGCAGGAGAUGGAGAAGCAGGAGCGCCAGAGACUGGAGUCCAUCCUGAGUCUGUGUGCAGAGUACAACACCAACCGGGAGGACCCGCAGGGGGACCCGGGGGAGUCCAUGAGGGAGGGGCUGUUCCCCAGAGGCGGGGAGGGGGUCACUACCAGGGGCCUCUGCCCGGACGGGGGAGGCUGGAAGGCCCUGCAUGGAGGAGGGGGAGACAAGCCCCGUAUGACGGCGGAGAACGACGAGGAGAACCAGAGAGAGGAGUCCAGCAGCACGGAGAGCACUCACCAAGAGUGUGAGGACCUGCUGGUGGAGCUGGGCCGUGGCCCCGGCCCCCGGGAGCAGCACGGCCCGCUGGGGGAGGAGAGGAGCCGGGCCCUGGGCCGCAUGGAUGAACUCAGCAGCAGAGUCAGCGAGCUCGACCUGCAGCUGCAGGAGACCAGGCAGGAGGUGGAGAUGGAGCGCGCGCUGCUGCAGGCGGAGCGGCGGGAGGAAGAGCAGCAGAUGGAGGCGGAGUCGGAGAUGAUCUCACGGCUGCAGCUGAGACUGCAGCAGCUGGACGAGGCCACCCAGAGAGAGAAGGACAAGGGCAGGGCUAGUGUCUCGGCAGAGAGGACUGUGCUGGAGAGGCAGAGGGCUGGGUACAGUGAGCUGAAGAGACAGCUUGAUAGAUGCGUCUUGUCUGACAGGGAACAGUUACAGGAGCGGCUGCACAGGGAGGCGGAGGCCCUGGACGUGGGCAGCAGGAGGUUUGAGGAGCUGGAGUUCUGCCAGCUGGAGCAGGAGAGCAGCCUGGAGGAGAGGAAGGAGGCGCGCUGCAGCCAGCUCCUCCAGGAGAAGGCCGAGUGCCACCGCAGCCUGUCCCGCAGGAAGGAGAAGAUGGCCGCCCUGGAGGCUCAGGCCAAUCAGCUGGGAGUACAAGCAACUCUGGAGUGUGAGAAGCUGGCCAAGGACCGGACCCUGAUCCUGCAGAUGCUACACAAGGAGAAGGACCGGCUUUGUGUGCUGGAGCAGAGAUGCUACAGCCAGGCCGAGGGCAGAGGCCCCCCACAGAUCACCUAUAACGCCUCAGAGGAGCCUUCGCUUCACAUCAGCGAACCGGACUUUGUUCGUGAAGAGGGGGGUCGUGAUAGUCCCCUUCCCGCCACUACUUCACUCUCACCUCAAGCCUACCCCCCCAGGCCCCAGGAGGAGUACCUCAAGCUGUCUGACGUCUAUAAGAUGUACGGGAGCGCUCUGACAGCCCACUCCUCCUCCUCCACCGCUACUCUCCACUGUCUCUCCCUGGCCGCCUCCCCCGCCCUGUCCAGCGAGGAGUACAUCACGGUCAACCAGCUGAGCCAGAUCUUCGGGAUGCAGAGGGUGGACCGCUGUCCCACCUCCUCCUCCUCCACCUCCUCUUUCCAGUCAUUCCAGCUAGCCCCCGCUGCUCCUCACUUCUCCUGCAGAUCAUCUGCAUUUCCUCCUCCUCCUCCUCCUCCUCCUCCUCCUCCUCCUCCCAUCUUCUCUAUCCAGAGCCACCAGCUCCACCAGGGGGCGCUGCCUGCUAUGAACCUGGAGCGCUGGUACCAGGACAUCAUGGCCGCUGGGGAGCACCAGCAGGCCUGCCCUCCCCCGCUGCCUGCCAAGUCCUUUUCCUCCCGCAGGCAGGGGCAGCCCAGACCAGACGGAGACGGCAGUGGACAGAGACAGUCGUGCUCCCAGCCCAGCACUGCCACGCCCCUCCCACAAGCCAAUGGGUUCUCCCACGAGAAGAACGCAUCCACCAGGGAUCUACAGCUGCUGCUCAAAGAGCUGUCACAUUCGUCCGACACAGAGUCCAGGAGACAGUAUUCUCUGCAGUGCAAAGGUCCAUCUCCCACCGUGCACCACUCCUUCCUGCACCACCAUGCGCCACCUAGUGGCAACCAGGCGUACGACACGCUGAGCCUGGAGAGCUCCGACAGCACAGAGACCAGCGUCUCCGCCGGCAACUGCGCCUGUUCGCCAGAAAGUGCCAGCGGGCAGGAGGCCCAGCGCAUCGAGGAGAUGGAGAAGAUGCUGAAGGAGGCGCAGCAGGAGAAAGCCCGACUGGUGGAGAACCGCGAGCGGGAGGUGCAGGCCCGGCUGCAGAUGCUGGAGGAGGAGCGCCGGCGCCGGGAGGAGGCGGAGCGGAGGCUCCUGGACGAGGCCUCCCACCGGAGGAGGCUGGUGGAGGAGGAGGUGAAGCUGAGAGAGAGGCACUUCUCCCAGGCUCGGCCAAUGACGCGCUACCUGCCCAACCGGAAGGAGGAGUUUGACCUGCGGGUCCACGUGGAGUCGUCCGGCCACAGCGUGGACACCUGCCCCUUCGUCAUCCUCACCGAGAAGAUGUGCAAGGGCCACCUGGUGAAGAUGGGCGGCAAGAUCAAGUCGUGGAAGAAGCGCUGGUUCGUCUUCGACCGCCUCAAGAGGAACUUCUCCUACUAUGUUGACAAGCACGAGAGCAGGCUGAAAGGACUCAUCUACUUCCAGGCCAUCGAGGAGGUCUACUACGAUCACCUCCGCAGCGCCACCAAGAGCCCCAACCCGUCUCUGACCUUCUGCGUGAAGACCCACGACCGGCUCUACUUCAUGGUGGCUCCCUCCCCGGAGGCCAUGCGCAUCUGGAUGGACGUCAUAGUAACGGGGGCCGAGGGAUACACGCAGUUCAUGAGCUGAGGGACCUCGCUGAUUGACGGCCAGGGGAUUAUAAGAGAGGAAGGGGGGGCGGGCGACCAGACGCGUGAACUCGGCGAGAGAGAGGGAGAUGCGGCCCCGUGGUUUCGGCGCAUUGGGUGCCAUCAAACUGGGGAUAUCGAUGGCUUACCAGUGGAGAGUCGGAAGAGGACGGAUUGAGUGGGGCUCUGAUUGUUAAUAAAAUGCCCCUUCAGAGUUUAUUGAUACUUUCUUUCUUUCUUGAUUGUCUCUGGUUAAAAAGAGGCCUCUGUUGUGGAAGGACUGUCCUGUCCUAGCAGGCUGUAAGAGCAGACUCAUCCCGGGUCGAGCCGACCGGGGAGAGAGAUGUGCGUAUAAAGAGAGAGAAACUUAACAACUGACAUACUGCUUGUUAUGCCAAAAUAUAUAACGAUCACUAUUAUUAUUAUUUUGUUGUUUUAUUUUUUAUUAUAUACUUAUUAUUAAUAGAAUACUUAAAAUGUCUCUUAGACAUUAUAAUCAACUUAAAGUGUAAUACUGCUUAAAGUGAAACAAAUUCGCAUUAACAGCAUUUUGCAGCACAGUAUUUAUGGCUUAUAUUUCUUUUCAGAAUUUUUAUACAAUUUGUAUUUUUUUGUGUUUUCGGAAGUUAUUGGAAAAAACAUACAGCCAUAUUGGUCAUUAUCAGCAUUUUUUUUUUAUUGUCCUAUUUGUUUUUGUAAAGUACUAUAAUAUAAACAGUUUUUAUAAUGCUUCCCUGAGACGAAUAUACAACAUGCAUCUUAAAUAGCACGCAUAAGAGAACAUCCUGUAAUAAAUGUAAUAUAUACAGUUUAUAUACACUUACAGUCAUAUUGUAACACUGCCAUCACUCAUCUCCUAAAUAAAUGUUUAUUAUUAUGUAUUAGUCUCUAUUGGUUUAUAAACACACAGACAGCCACACAUGUGUGCGUGAGCGUAUGAUAAACAAUCCCUAUAUCAUAUUUCCCUUUUGUGUGUGUGUGUGUGUGUGUGUACGUCAACUCUGAACACAAGCGCUGUCAAACCACGCAAUGCAGCGCUUAACUCAUUGCAGCGAUCACUGCAACAUUAAACAGACGAGCGCCGGAACCCCAGAAACAUACUUAGCAUAUGACAGGUGAGGUUAGACCCCAUUACGUUUGAACCAUCAGGUGAACACUUACAACAUCUCUUCAUUCA